AUGUUUCGAUUCAGUGCGCAGGCGCGCGGAGGGGAGGAGAAGAUCGUUCUCGUCGAGGCCGUGUCGAUGCAGGGAAAUUUCGUCAGAUUGAUGUGUUCGCGUAUGUCGCAGGAAGAGGUCCGUGUUGCUGGCGUCGUGGAUGCGUAUGAGAUGGCCGUGGUCGUAGUUCUACGUCAGUCACUUCGUCUUGAAAUUCCCGAGCUCCGUCCGGUCUGCAGAGGAGAUGUCCCGAGCCGUCUUCUCCAACGAUUCGAGAAGCCGAACUUUACCCGGCCCCGCACGCCUUUCGAUCUCACCCUUCACGACCUCACACCUUCACGAUCACGACCUCACACCUCUACGAUCCUCACACCUCCACGAUCCUCACACCUCCACGAUUCGCACAUCUCGACGAUCCUCACACCUCUACGAUCCUCACACCUCCCCGAUUCUGACACCUCCCCGAUUCUGACACCUCCACGAUUCUGA